AUCGAAGCUUUCUUAUGCACCAUAUUUCAAACAGUUAAAUCAUCGUUUGAUUCCUGCACUGGGAAAGAGAGAAAAACACACCGCUGAUUAAUUAACUACCGGUCUGUUGAGGUUGAGGAAGAGCUAGAUCGAGCUUGAAGAAGAUCGAUAUAUGGAGAUGGAUAGCACAUAUUAUAGUCCUAGCGAUAAGGAUGAUCACCAGUAUACUGAUGAUGAAGAUGAUGUCCAACUACCAGGAUUUCGGUUUCACCCAACAGAUGAAGAACUUGUAGACUUCUAUCUUCGUCGGAAGAUUCAGAAGAAGCCGAUAAGCUUAGAGCUCAUCAAAUCAAUUGAUAUCUACAAGCAUGAUCCUUGGGAUCUUCCAAAAGCCGCAGGAGAUAAGGAAUGGUACUUCUUCUGCAAAAGAGGGAGAAAGUACAAGAACAGCAUCAGACCCAACAGAGUAACAGGCUCUGGAUUUUGGAAGGCAACUGGAAUCGACAAGCCAAUACAUUCCCACAGAGGAGAAGGCCAUGACUGCAUUGGCCUAAAGAAAACAUUGGUUUACUACCGUGGAAGUGCAGGCAAAGGCAGCAAAACCGAUUGGAUGAUGCACGAGUUUCGCCUUCCUAAUCCUUCCAGUUUGAAUGAAUACAAGAACCGAAGCUCUAACACUAAGAAUAUGAAUACUGAUCCUCAACAAGAAGCUGAAAUAUGGACACUGUGUCGGAUAUUCAAGAGAAAUGUUUCCUACAAAAAGUACACCCCAGAUUGGAGAUAUCUAUCUGCAGCUAAACGUCAUCCAACGGACACCGUAAACUCCAAAAGUUUCACUACCGAUCAAAAAGAUCAUCUCGAUCAAUCUAACACUUACAUCAGCUUCGGUGCUUCAGACAUUUGCUACGAGGAGAAGAAGCCUGUUGUGAAUCAUACCAACAAUACUAACAACAUUAUUGAUGGAAGUCACCAGUUGCAUCCGCAUGCAGUAGGCCAGUUGAGCUCCAACAUGCAGCAGCCUGCUUCAACGCAUCCGUACAUGGAAACGUUCUCAAAUUUUUCGUUUCAAGAUCUUGAGGACGAUCUUUUGAAUGAAAAUUGGGAUGAGCUUAGAUCAGUCGUACAACAGCUUGCUUUUGAUCCGACGGCGUUUCUUGUGUAAAUGAAUUCAUAUAUAGUGCAGUGUGUAAGUGUACUAGUAGGAGUUCAUGUUUGGUUCAUUAGUGUUUUAACUUUUUUUUUCGUUGACCUUUUCACUCCUAGACAGUCUAAGACCAUUCAGUUCAUGUUAUGGUGGUUAUGUAUAUGGUUUUCUAAAUAAUUUUGUUGUUUCUUUGUCUA